UAAAUUGAUUUGCUAGUUGCUGCAAGUCCUCAAUGAGCAACUGUGAUUGCGAAACGACCAAGGAUCGGAAAAACUAGAAUAUUACAAACAGCAGAUGACAACCCUGUCGUUGCAGUCGGCACUCAAACAAUACAAAAAAGAACAACAAAAUAUUAAGGAGAGCGCACUCAAAAUAGAGCUCAAUUCCCGACUGUAACUGUAAAUUACGAAGCCCGGAACCGUAAAUCGCCGCUCCACGAUGAGCAAAACCGAUCCGUUGCGCCAAGUGCUCGCCGAUUUGAUCAGCGAGUCGCAAUCGUCCCUCACUCCGGAGGACAUUGUUCGGGAGUUCCGGGCCACUAGUGAACGACGGCUGCCACUCUGUGAGCUGCUCCAAUUGUUGGUGUCCAUCAGCGAGAGCCGUCCAAACUUCAUACAGGUGACCAGGGAGAUCGCAGACAUCCUCCAUCGCAAGGAUCCCAUGUACGCACUGCUGGUGUUCGUCGAACGAUACAGCGAAAGCGGCAUAUCCUCCAGGUGCAGCAGUGGGAUUAGCCUUUCGACAAUGGGCUCCCCGCAUGGAAUUAAGACCUCGUUCAACUCCGUCUCGGAUGUAAACUCCGCAACUGCUUCAGCCCCAACAACGGGACGCUCAAUCACAUCGGCCAGCUCAACCACAUCAGCACGCUCUGGCACAUCGGAAUACUCAUCGGGAAACUAUACGGCAUCCUCCAGGCUUAGCUUGCCCCAGGGCCAGGACUUUCCCACCUCGACGCCGGUGAACAGCAAAAAGUCCGCUGACUCCGACGCUUCCUCCGGAGUCUUCGUCAGGCGCGGUCCAAUGCAACGCAACCAUGGACAGAACAAGGAGGAGCGCGGCGAUUUAAGUGUGAUCAAGGAGCGUGUGCUAAGUGCCGUAUCCGAUCGAUCCCUGAACAGCUACCGCUUGGUGGCCAGUGACGCGCUCAGCAGCAGAUCGGGCAACGGCACAAAGACGUCGGCGACUGUCAUGGCGACGCCAACUGGCGUGCCCGAUGAGUACCGCACCCAUUUACUGUGGGACUACUACAAUGUGGACGGGAACAAGCUGCCAAAGACUGAGAUCGCCGCCCUGCCGCUUUCCAGCCAGGAGAAUAUGCUGCUCGACGAGCUGCUGCACUGCCUCACGGGCGUGCGAGAAAACCUCCUGGUGCCCCGGCAACCCGAUCCUACUACCGUUGGCCUGGCCAAAUUCGAGACAGGCUUUGACAUACACAUGCAGCUCGACCGCUCGCUGGUAGAGCUGGUGCAGGACAUCUUGCCAUUGGCCUCCUACUUUAUGGGCAUGCAGAAGAUAGUUACGGCCACCAACGGCCAGGGGCAGGUGAUGAACUCACUGAAUGAGGCACUGCAGGAUCUUACGCACGACUUCUACCUGUUGAUCGUACAAGCCGAACAGGAGCUGCGGCAACAUAGAUUAACAUUGCAGAAGCUACUUUACUACCUGCAGCCGACGCUCUGGGUGAUGGAGGAGAUCUGGACCUCGUUGGUGGACAUUCAGCUAAGCGAUUAUCGGGAUGCCGCAGUGUUGACGUACCUGCACGAGCGGAUCAAGCGGCUGGAAGGCGACCGAGCUGCACAGCAGCUGAUCAUAGGAUUGGCGCGCAAGGCGGCCGAGCCGUACAUGCGCAUGCUACAGAUGUGGAUCCAGAAGGGCGUGAUCGUGGACCGCAACCAGGAAUUCCUCGUGGAGGACAACGAAGUGAUUCACCGCGACGAGCUGCCCGAGCAUUAUUCCGACGACUAUUGGGAGAGGCGCUAUAACGUCCGUCGCGACCACAUACCGUCGUUUCUGGAAAAGUACUCGGACAAGAUCUUGCGCACCGGCAAGUAUCUUAAUGUGAUCAGGCAGUGUGGCAAGCGCGUAAUGCCCACGCAGGAGAUGCACCUCGAGUUCGAUCCGACCAGCGAGCGGCACGUGUCCGUCAUUAAUGACGCUUAUUACUUUGCCGCCCGCAUGCUUCUGGAUGUGCUGCUAACGGAGAACGACCUGAUGGGUCACCUGCAGUCGGUGAAGCGUUACUUGCUGCUCAACCAGGGCGACUUCACCAUGCAGUUCAUGGACGCCUGCGAGGACGAGCUGACCAAGAACGUGGACCACGUGCUGCCCAUGACGCUAGAGAACCUGCUUGGGCUAACGCUCCGCCUCUCCUCGGCCCGUAACGAUCCCUACAAAGAUGAUCUGCACUGCGAGCUGCUGCCCUACGACCUGGUCACGCAAAUGUCCAAAAUCAUGAACCAGAAGGAGGAGUACUGGCAGGCACAGCCCCGCCUCGACCUAAGCGGCCUCGAGUGUUUCGCUUUCACCUACGAGGUGAAGUGGCCCUGUUCUUUGGUGCUAAACCACAUCGCCAUAUCCAAGUACCAAAUGCUCUUCCGACAGCUCUUCUACUGCAAGCACGUGGAGCGCCAACUUUGCAAAAUUUGGAAGGAAAACUCGAUUGCCAAGAAGUUCUCGCCGCAAGCGGCUGAGCUCUAUCGUUCGGCGUUCACGCUGCGCCAGCGUAUGAUGAAUGCCAUUCAGAACCUGGAGUACUACAUGAUGAUCGAGAUAAUCGAGCCCAACUGGCACAUCUUCAUCGAAAAGAUGAAGACGGUGGAGAACGUGGAUAACGUUCUGCGUCUCCAUCAGGACUUCCUCGACUCGUGCCUCAAAAACUGCAUGCUGACGGAGUCCUCGCAUCUGAACCGCGCCAUCUUCAAAAUCUGCAAGAUCUGCCUGAAGUUCUGCGAGUUCAUUCAGCGCUCGCAGCGUUUCUUUCUGGACGCUGAGCUCAAGUCGAUGGUAUGUGACACCCACGAUAGCGCGGACAGCUCCGAGUCCGAACAGGAGAGCCUGCACCGGCCACAGUUGGAGACCUCGCUGGAUCCGGCGGAUACGUUUUCGGAGCGGGUUAAACGCUUUGAUCUGGAAUUCACCGGCUUGCUGAUAUCGUUCCUCAAGCAGAUCAACAACAUGGCGAAGAAGAACACCGCCGAUUGCUUCAUGAAUCUCGUGCACCGCAUCAACUUCAAUGCGUUCUACUCCGAUCAGAUGGAUAAGAUGUGUGCAAAGGAUGCCAUGGGCUAAGCCAACACGUCCAGUCCAGCGAAAGGGCUGUGCAAGCGGAAAAGACAAGAACAAAGUAUUAGUUAAACGAAUUUCAUAAUCACAAGCGCACAUUUAACUAGAAUGUUUCCCCACCAUUCCCGCAUGUCUUCUAAUUUGCCAUCCAACUAAGCGCACUACUUGUUUCCCGUUUAGUUGUACAAAUUCGAAUAUGUAUGAACUAAUAAACCAAUUGAAAUGUU